GCGCAGCCGGCGCGGCUCAGCUGCGCUCCGCAUGCUCCCCUCUGCCAUCUCCUCAGCGCCACCAUGCCCUCGCAGCGCCUUCCCACGUCGCACUCCGCGCUGCAAGUGCAGCUGCCCUCUGGCGCUGCUCCCCUCGCUGCCUCGCCCUCUGCUGCGGCUGCCUCCACUUCUUGCUCCUCUGCCGCGGCCGCCGCCGACGGCGCCGCAAGCGACGUGACGCUGCUCUCCUCGCGCAUCCUGCGCAACCAGGCGGCCGCUCGGCGCGUCCUAUGUGCCCAAGAGACGCUCAUCGAAGGCGUGCAUUCGCUGCCUCGAUUUCGCUCCCUCGUGGCGCUGCUCAACGACGCAUCCUACCUCGCAGUGCUCGAGGAACGGCAUCUCCUCUCGCACUGCGCCUAUCCACUCUGCUCCCGCGCUCCCUCUCACGCUGCGCGCGCCGACAGCGAGCCGACGUACCGCCUGGCGCCGCGCUCGCGGCAGAUUCUGCCCGAUGCGCGCCUGCAGGCGGGCGGCGAGUGGACGUACUGUGGACGCAAGUGCUGGGCCAGGAGUAUGUGGGUGCGCCGAUGGGUGCUGAAGGAGCAAGAGGUGCGAGCAGCAGAGGCGGCAGAACUGCUGGAGGAGUUGGAGAUGAGAGGAGAAGUGACGCUGCCGGAGGAUGAGGCAAGCGAGGGCUCUCGCAGAAGCAAGGCUGCGUCUACAAAGGCACCAACAGCAGCGCAAGCAACAUUACCUGCUGCUGCGUCGAACACGUCUGCUGCUCCUCGUACAACUGCCUCCUCGAGCAGCGCCAACCCUCCGCGGCUGCGGCUGCGGCCCGCAAAGGACAGCGCAGCCGCGACGCUCUUCGCGCCCCACUUUCCUCCUCCCGCUGCUGCCUCUGCCGUCUCGCCUGCCGCCUCCUCUGCUUCUCGCAGGAGCAGCGGCAAGGCAGCGUCGAGGCUGCCACUGCCUCUCCCGCCCGCUGCUCCUCCAAGCUCUUCGUCUUUGGCGUCGGCGUCGAAGACUGGAGAAAGAGGCAAGGCGAUCAAUGGCGCACUACGCAUCAUCGAACGGCCCCCUCCCCCUCGCGCCGGCGCAGAACAAGCAGACUCUUCCUCUCUCGCGAGCGAGGACGCAUCGGCCGCUCCGCGGCUCGACUCGCACAACGUCGUCAGCAGGACGCGCGGCAGCGAAGCGGUGCCGCAGGAAGAAGAGGAGCUCGAGACAGAAGAGGAGGAUGCAGAAGUGGCGCAUCUCUUUGCGCAGAUGCAUCUGGCGAGAGAAGAAGAGAGGAGGGCGGGAAGAUGGGAGGAGAGUAGUGUACGUGCACCAGCAAGAGGAGAGGGAGGGGAGCAAGGCGAGGCAUCGGAUGAGGAGUGAGAAAUGCACAUGCAUCGCUCGGCGUCUCACACAAAGGAGCGGUUGACGACAGACAGAGCAC